UGUCGGAUUUAACACAUAUUUACUCUUACAUUUUCAAAAACAGCAAGAAAUAAUUAUAUUUUCUUUUCACUUUAAUACGCACAGCCUCGAGUGAGAAACUGGAUAUACAAACAACUCUCCUCGUGGCGCUCUUUACAAACCAUCUGUAUUUUUGACUGCCCGGAAUGGCCUUCGUAGCGCGUCGGAGCAGCGAUGGCACGGUGGUGGAUCGCCAGCAGGUGUCUGGGCGGCACACCCUCCGCCCACUCUCCUCGUCCGACAUCAGUGACGAGGACUCGGAGUCGGUGCUGGGCUACACGAACCGCACCUACGGAGCUCCCACCGUGAGGUUCGUGGGUCAGACAGACGGGGAAACCGAUGGCCUUGGCGGGGAGACCGAGCGCGGGGACAAGGGAGAGGCGGGGGACCACUGUGAGGAGGCGGACACGGAUGCGGGCAUCACAUUCAACGACUCUUUAGAGGAUCGCGCCGACGACUCGGGCAGCGAAUCGGACUCGAUCCUGAGCUUCUGCAAUCAACUGGACGAGGAGGAGGCCAACGACGCCUUGCACAGCGGCAUGCUGAACUUCACAGACGAGGACUCGGAGGACCCGGGUGAAGUGGAUGGAGAGGAGGAGGUGGAGCGCAAGAGCCAGAUGGCCAGAGCGGACGACGCAACUGCCACGGACACGGAGACCGUGAUGAACUUCGACCAGGACGUGCAGAGCCUCAGCUCCUUCGACAGCUGCACGCCCACGGUGACGCAGCGCGCCGAGGAGCUGGACAACUUGGACAGCCUCAGCGGCAGGACCUUCUUCAAGCAGGACUCUCUGGACAACAUCAGCAGCAGGACCUUCUUCAAGCAGGACAAGGCGGAUGGCCUCAGCGGCAGGACCUUCCUCAAGCAGGCGGCCUCCAAGGACCAGAGGCGGGGCUUCCCGUCGGACCUUGGCAGGGAAUUGGACCAUGGCCAGUUGUCCAGUCGCACCUACGACCUGGGCAGCCGAAGCAGCACCAGGGGCAGCACUCGGGGUAGCAACCGGGUCGGCAGCCGACUCCACGACGGCUCCUCGGUGUCCACCUGCAGCUGGACGGAGAUGUACGGCGGAGCACUGCAGCCCGCGGACGGGCGCAGCAACGUGGUGCCCUCGCUGAGCCUGGCCAGCGUCACCUCGGACACGUCCACCUUCUACAAGAACCUGGAGGAGAGCAAGGAGCGGCAGGGGCAGGCGGCCUACGAGGACUGGAAGGCGCGCAAGGCGGCCCAGAAGCAGAAGAACCUGCUGGCCGCCAAGCAGGAGCGCGAGAAGCGGGAGGCGGAGGCGGCCCUGCGUCAACAGCUCUCGCAGGAGCGCUUCCAGGAGUGGUGUCGCCGCAAGGAGCAGCAGCAGCAGCUCCUCCGCAAGAAGCCCUCAUCCUGCAGCCAGUCAAGCUCGGGCAAUUCCUCGGCCUCCAGCUCGAUUUCCGGUUCGGGAUCGGGAUCGGGAUCCGCAUCCGGUUCCAGCUCCUGCUCGAGCAGCGGUCCCAUGAGGAAGGUGGCGCCCGAGCUGACCAAGACGCGGAUCAAGGAGUGGGAGCGCAACAAGAAGGAGCAGCAGCAGGGCGAGCGGGAGCGCCUGCGCAGGCUGCAGGAUAACAAGGCGAAGCUGGAGGAGGACCGCAAGCAGCGCUCGCAGGGCGCCUGGAAGAACUGGAUGAAGCAGGUGGACAAGCGGGCCAAGCCGGUGCCCCUCAACCAGGGAUUCGACACCCUGCGCGGCACCAUUUCCAACAUCUACGUCAACCCCGUGCAGUGGGUGUCCAACAUCGAUCCGCAGGAGUCUGGCCGCAGUCGUUAGACCAAUGUUCAAUGGGUCGGAAGGAAAGCGAAUGAGUUGCUGGGCCAGCAAAAAAUGUAAAAUUAGUUAAGGACCUAUAUUUGUUUUUUGGAUAGUGGCGGUCGAUCCCAUACUAUUUUAGCUUCGCAAGUUGUCCAAUAAACCACAGUUCAGAUCAGCACUUUUAA